AUGGAAAAUGAAGGAGAUUAUCAAGAUGAACUCAAAACUCCAACUGAAACCUUAGCUUCAAAGUCGAAAAAGCGAAAGCAAAUGGAAUCUAGAGCUCGAAUAUGGGAUCACUAUAUUAAAUUUGCAAGUGAGGAUAGCAAAAUGAAAGCAAAGUGCAAGUAUUGUGGUAAGGAGUUAAGUGCAAAUUCUUCAAGUAAUGGUACUAGUAGUUUGCAUAAUCAUUUGAAAACUUGCAAUUUAUAUAGUGUUCAAGGUUAUCAAUCUGAAUUAGUUUUUCAAAAUAAUAGAGAUAGUGGUCUCACAACAUUGACUAGUUUUACUUUUGACAAGGAUUUGUGUAGAGAGAAGUAUAUUAAGAUGAUUGUUAUUGAUGAAUUACCAUUUAAGUUUGGGGAGGGUUACGGGUUUAGAGAAUUUAAGGCUACCGUGCAACUAAUGUUUCAAAUCCCAUCGAGAUGGACCGUUGCACGUGGAUCUUAUGGAAUUCAUAAAGGUAAACCAAUUGCAUUAGCUAUUGAGGAGUGUUUGGUGGAGUGGGUAAUUACGAGGGUGUUAUCUAUCACGGUUGAUAAUGCUAGUUCUAAUGAUGUUGUAUUGGAGAGAUUAAAAGGUAGAAUUGGUAAUUGGGAUUCUAGUGUUUUGGAUGGAGAGAAUUUACAUUUACGGUGUGUUGAUCAUUUAAAUUUAGUUGUUAAAGAUGGAUGGAAUUCAACAUAUGAGAUGUUAGAUGUGGCGGAGAAAUAUGGAAGGGCAUUUGAUAGGUAUGAUACACAGGAUCCUAGAUACAAAAAACAUCUCAAGUUGAAUAACAUCGAUGGAAGGCCUACGAGUGAUGAUUGGAGUACCAUGAGAAAGUUUGCAUCAUUUUUAAAAAUAUUUUAUGUUCUAAGUUUGAAGAUUUCAGGGACACAAUAUGUUACUUCUAGUAUUUUCUUGCAUGAGAUAUAUGCCAUUCAUUCUAUCUUGAGUGAAUGGACAUGUGGUAAUAAUGUUCACAUGUGUGCUAUUGGAAAGGAAAUGUUGGAUAAGUUUAAUAAAUAUUGGGGAGGUCCAAGAGGAAUGAAUAAUCUUUUGUUUAUUUCAGUUGUACUUGAUCCAAGGCACAAGUUACAAUUUGUGUUGUAUAUGUUAAAAGCCAUGUAUGGAAUUGAAGUUUCGGGCUUGAUGGGAAAAUCAUUAGAAGAAGCAAUACAUAAGAUGUUCAAUGAAUACAAAUCAAGGAUUGCAUCAAAUAAAAGAAUGAAUGAGGGUAGAGAGAAAAGAAGUGAAGAUGGUGGAAUGAUCUCAAGUGAUGGUAGUGCAUCGGAUUUGGAAGAAUAUUUGGGUGAAAAACCAAAAAUAUGGUAUUAG